UGCAACGUAAGGUACAAAAAAUACAUUAGAAAUAUCGAGGAUUUUCCACAUGAAACAGAAACUAUCAUUUUCAAGUUCAAUAAAGACAACAGUGCGGAAUCCAUUGUGUUAAAAGGGAAGUUAUGUCAAAUAAUAUUUCACGUCAACAAUAAAUAUAUGAUGAUAUUGCACAAUAGACACUUUGUACUUUCAAGUCAAUAAUUUAUAAUGGACAAUAUUAAACAUUGAUUUCAGCAUCUUUGUCUAAUUUGACUCUGGAUGAAGAAGUCUCUGGUUUAUAUUCACUGAUCAAAUAAAGGUGAACGACACCAAAACGGAAGAAUACUUCAGACAGUGCCUUUUCACGUGACCCUAUGUUUUACGUAUGACUUACGUGGCCUUUAAACACUCAAUAUGGCGAAGGAACAGACUAAUUUAGCUGUGUAUGUUGCUGGACUUCUCAAUUAACAUAAUAAAAAGAAGAAUUUAUCAGCCGUAUAUUGUUCGAACACAGCAACUAUAAAUAUGUCUGCAGAAUCUAACAGAAGACUUGCAAGAAUAGGCAGUAUUGCCAGGAAACUAUUCCCGAAAGUAAUGCAAAAAAUAUUAAAAGAAUGUAUAAGUCCAAGAGGAUUACAAGUGAAAUAUCAACUGAAUAAUAUACCUACCGAUUUCACAGAAAUUGAAAUAACCUUGAUGGACAAACUUCCAAAUUUGGAUAACUUCACAAUCGAAUUGUGCUUUAAAAUAUUGCGAUUUGAAAAUUUAUUGCAUGAACCAUCGUGUAAGUGGGGGAAUGUUCCACACGAUACAGAAGUGGAAAUCGGCGAUGAUGUCCAGAGAAUACUUAAUGCAACAAAUGACGUUAUCAGUAGGAAGUCGGAGGAAAUAUCAGAGCUUUAUUACGAAGAAUUUCAAAACAGAACACAACAGGUGCUUAAGAGAGUGGAUGAAUAUCUUUGUCAAGAUACUUGUUUACAAUUGUACCAAACAAUUCGCAGCUCUGAUAUAAAUAUUACUGAUAUGCUUCAAGAACUGACACUGAUGCAAGAAGUCAAUGCUAUCCACAUCGUUGACGAGGAAAGUGAAAAACUAGAACGUUAUUCAAGAGUUUCGCGAGUUAUCACUGACACUUUCCCAAACAUCCUUAGAGAUAUAAUCAGCUCAAAUAGUUCUGCAAGCAAAAUGUACCAAAUGUGUUUGACAUAUCUAAAUGAUUUCUCGUCUGAUCAGAAAACUAGCUUAAAAGAUUUAAAAGCGUCAAAUUCAUAUGAAUCAAUGGACAUUACAUUGAUCUAUAAGUUGUUAAGACAGUUUUCGCUGAUAAAUCCUCCAACAAAAGGAUGGGGAAGUAAUCCAGACAAAGCAGAUAUAAAUCUGGCAGAUGACGUAGAACGCAUACGUCGUUACAGAAACCAAAUAGCCCACCGAUGCAACACAAACAUUGGAAAGGCUGAAUUUGAUGAAUUCUUCGACAAUUCUCGUCAUAUUGGAUUACGAAUGGAUCUCAACUUUUUUCGAAAGAGAAAUUACGAACAAUUGAUUGUUAGACACAAGACAUGCAGUAUGGAUAUGCAAAUGCAGACCAAAUACAAGAAUGCAGUAAAGCAGCUAGAGAAAAUAAAAUUACAAUUUGAAGAAAAGCCUCUAAAAUUUUUCUGGGGAGAAAGUUUUGAAAACAGUUUGAGGAAUUUGAGACAUUUUUUAAAGAACGAAAAAUCAGAAGAAGGAAGACGUAAAGUCCGUGUACAGAUCAUCUUCCAGAACGAGGAGAAUGUCGAGGCAACGAUUGAUAUUCUGAACUCCCUCAAAGACGAGAUAAACAAAGACUUGAGUGGAAUUGAAUUCAUUGUUGCCACUAAAGGGAGUAUAGUUCUACAUGUAGAUAUAUUAGCACAAAUGCUGGAAACAGAUGAACUAUUACAAUCCACCCUGGCUUUAUUUUUGAGAAAGAUUUUCGAAUUUAUUACGACCUCCAAUACUGAACGUUUCGAUAUGCUUUUGUUACCUGCAGAAGAGUUCAAACAAUGGAACGCACCAACAACUACAGGAGAACCAGUUUAUUUAGAAUUCGAUAUCGAGGCCGAGUUAUUUAAAGCCAACGACAAAAUGGAAGAGCAAUUUAGAAAAAUUUCGGACGCCAUCAUCAAACAUUCAAACGGAAGUGGAACAAACAAUAAUAUUACUGCAACACUCCUACCUGUUUGUCUUGAAAAAGAAGAAGCAUACGCCCAAUCUCUAAUACCUGACGAAAACACAACAACCACAGAGGAAUCAUUCACCCAAGCUCAAACACCUGUCAAAUACAACCUUCCUGUUUCUGUCACUUUACGUCAACAGUUAAAUAUAAAAAAGUCAACGAAUGAAUAUCUGGGCAUUACUAGCUGUAUCAAAACAGACAAUACAUUAGUGUUUACCGACUGUAGGAAUGAGCGACUUAUUAUUUGUAAUUCAGACGGUACUGAUAUCCAUCACAUUCCUCUUUCCUAUCAACCAUAUUAUAUGACAGUGGUAAAUAGUAAUACUGUAGCAGUAUCCUGUGAUGGCAGAACCAUACUGAUAAUAAAUAUAUCUACAGGUUCUAUCAACAGUAAAUUCAACACCAAUGGUCGCUGCUACGGAAUAUCAUAUAUUGAUAAUAACCUGUACGUUGUUAUUGAUAGGAGUAUAAUACACGUGAUGGACCUGGCAGGUCAAGUAAUACGUACUAUACCUUUACCUUCAGACGAUAUCACCGACAUUACAGUAGACAGAGACAGGUUGGUUUGUAUAGACACAUCAAUAUACUGCUGCUCGUUAGAUGGAAAACUUAUUCGGAAGUUUAAACAGGAUAAAAUUCAAGAUUUACGUUGUGUGACAACAGAUAAUGAGGGGAAUGUCUAUGUUACUCGUUCUAACACCAACACUGUAGUAGUUGUAUCAGACGACGGGAAACAUCACAGAGAACUUCUUACUAAAUCGGAUGGAUUGAAUGAUCCGUGGGGAAUUUAUUUUGACAAAAAAAAUAAAAUUCUUCUUGUUUGUACUGAUGAUGAUGCUUUUCUUUUUGACGUAAAACAGAAUGAAAAUAAACAUGAAUAAUUCUUUCAGACAAUUAGUACGUUCGCACUCGGAUCUGUUUGUGUAUUUAGUCAUUCAAAAUAACUUUUAUUUAUUUUUGUUUUCUUUACUAUCAUUCUAACUUAAUUGAAAACAAAUUACAGAAAGAUUAUAAUUGUUUUUGAAAAUGUAACUUGAAUUUUCCUCGGCUUUUGUAUUUCAUUAAUGUUGUUCGAAUACUGUUUUUUACGCAUUUUAAAAACAUUUGAACAUUCAUUUGUUCCAUGAAUAUUUCAAUAUGGAAAAUAAAAAAAAAUAAGAAAUCCGGAUAAGAAAAACUGUUUUGGAAUUUAUUUUAACAAACAAGAAAAUAUUCUGCAUGUUUGUAAUAUAAAUAAAGGAAAGGUUGUAAUAUAAAUGACGGAAAGGUUGUAAUAUAAAUGACGGAAAGGUUGAUUUUUUGAACAUUAAUAAGUUUAUUCGAAUUCAGAUUUGUUUUUAUACGCCCGUCAAAAUUUUGACGGGACGUAUUAUAGUACACAAAUGUCGUCUGUCCGUCUGUCUGUCCGGCGUAAACAUGUCGCACCGUAACUUGAGAACGACUUAUCCAAAUUUCAUGAAACUUAACAUAGUUGUUUCUUAUGAUGGUCAAACGAUCUGUAUACUUUUUGGUGAAAAUCAGAUUAAAACUUUUUGAGUUACGGGACUUAAUAACUGAAACAGGUGUGUGUUUUUUUCAUAUGUCGCGCCGUAUCUCAAACACAAUUUAUGAUUAUUGCUUAAAACUCUACACACUUCUUAGUUAUAUUUAAUCUUAAGAUCUGUAUACUUUUUGGUGAUGAUUCAAAAUCUUAUUUUUGAGUUAUUGAGUAUUUUGUAAAAUAAGGGGGAGGGGUUUUUUACAUGUCGCGCCGUAUCUCAAAACGAUUUAUGAUUAUUGCUUAAAAUUUUAUACACUUCUUAGUUAUAAUAAUCUAAAGAUCUGUAUAGUUUUUGGUUUUGAUUCAAAAUUUUCUUUUAGAGAUAUUGAUUUUUUUUUAAAGGGGGGUUUUCACAUGUCGCGCCGUAUCUCAAAAACAAUUUAUGAUUAAUGUUUAAAAUUUUACACACUUCUUAGUUAUGGUAAUCUAAAGAUCUGUAUACUUUUUGGUUUUGAUUCAAAAUUUUAUUUUAGAGAUUUUGAGUUUUUGGUUAAAAAAAGGGGGGGAGGGGGUUUCGCAUGUCGUGCCGUAUGUCAGAAACUAUUUAUGAUUAUUGCAUAAAAAUUCACACACAAGACGACGGGCGUAUCAUGCGUUCAAGGCGCAGCUGUUUAUUGCAUUGAGUAAUUCGAAAUGGAUUGUAUGUGUUUGUGUGUUAUCUACCGAAUACAAAUUACAAUUAAUCAAUUAUGAUUUAUUUUAUGGAAUUACUACAAUGCUUUCUUAAAAGUUUAAUAUAAGAUAUAAACUAGUAAAUUUUUGCCCAAAAUGAUUUAAAUAUGAUCACCACUUAAAUUCAAUUGGCGACAACAAAACAACUCUUUCACUAAACAUUUCAUUUCUGCAAAUUUAUUGGUUAGUUCAAGUAAACUAUGACAUCAAAAGCACUAUGUUGUGUCAGAUUAGGGCUACUUUUACGUUCUAAAUUAGAGGUAGUGAAUUGGUUUAAAUCAUCACACCUCAGCAAGCACGACUAAUUUAUGCGCAGACCAACCCAUCACACAAUAGCCCAAAAGGAUUCUGUGACGUACCCAUCCAUAUUCAGAAGUGGGAAAUACAGAUACUAUACUGACUUUAGUGACAGUAUUAUAUAACGAAUACAGAGAUGAAAUGCUGGCACGCGUACUCUAAAUUAAAGCGGACAUUAUUUUGAAGUCAUUGUUUUCCAAUAUUUCUGUCAUAUGUAUUAUAUAAGCCAUCCUAACAUCAAAAUAUUAUUGCAUUUUAAUGCGGCUAUAUAUAUUUACAUAAUAAAGUGCAAAUAUGGUCA